AGCGGGUCCCCAUGCCCGGCAGCAUGGCGGGGAGGGGGGCGCAGGCGGGCCAAGCGCUGGGCACGCUGCUCUCGGGGCUGCUGGAGUGCGGGGCCUUCUGCGGCAUCAUCUUCGGCUCAUCCCUCGUCUACGUCCUCAGGACCUGGACUACUUCAGGAGCGUGCCAGCCCUCGGAGCUCCGGCCCCACAGGACGCUGCUGCCUGACUGCAGCGGGCAGGACGAGCAGUUCUCCCUCGUCUUCACCAUCGGCUCCUUCAUGAACAACUUCAUGACCCUCCCCAUGGGCUACGUUGACCGCUUCGGCACCACCGUGGCCCGCCUCAUUGCCAUCUCCCUCUACACCGGUGGGACACUGCUGGUUGCCUUCUCCACGCCAGACCUGGCCGUGCUGCUCUUCCCAGCCAUGUCCAUGCUGUCGGUGGGCGUCCUCCUCAUCCUCACCAACAUGCAGGUGGGCAACCUCUUCGGGAAGUACCGCUCCAUCGUUAUCACACUCUACAACGGGGCCUUCGACUCCUCCUCUGCCAUCUUCCUCAUCAUAAAGGUGCUGUACGAGCGCGGGCUGCCCCUGCAGGCCAUGUUCUUCUUCAUGGCGGCCUGCAGUGCCUGGCACCUGCUGCGCACCCUCUUCCUCAUGCCCCGCACGCGCAUCCCCUACCCGCUGCCCCCGCCUACAACUACGGGCUGCAGUGCCCAGGGCGGUCGCAGUCCUACCGCACCUACGAGGAGAAGCGCCCGCCGGGGGGUGAAGGCCCCGAGGAAGUGCCCCUGGAGCCCAGUGCCCCAAAAGGCGGCACGGCGGCGGUGCCCUUCCGUCCCUGCGUUCUGUCGUGGCUCUUCUCUGGCACGUGGUGUGGCUCUCCGUCAUGCAGCUGCGCCACUAUCUCUUCAUCGGCACCCUCAACCCCCUGCUUGACCACCUGGCCCGUGGCGAUGCAAGCCUGGUGAGCACCUACACCAACGCCUUGCCUUCACCCAGCUCUGCGGGGUGCUCUGCGCCCCCUGGAAGGCCUAUCCUCGACCGCCACAAGCGGGGCAAGGCGCACCUCCCGGAGGGAGCCCGGGGGCGCUGGCCGACCUGCAGGCAUCUGUGCUGUCACUGGUGGUGACGUGACACAGUGCGUGCUGUUCUCCAUCUGCGGCGGCCGUGCCCAUGUGCCCGUGCAGUUUGCCACAUUCGUGCUCAGGUGAUCAGCCGCUCCUUCCUCUACGGGGGCAACGCCGCAUUCCUGGCCAUCGCGUUUCCCCCGCAGCACUUCGGAAGCUGUAUGGGCUGGCCAUGGCACUGUCGGCACUGGUGGCCCUGCUGCAGUACCCCUGCAUCACCCGGGUGCGUGGGGUGCUCAAAGGGGACCCCUUCUAUGUGAAUGUGGGGCUCAUUGCUGUGGUGCUGGUGGCCUUCGUCAGUCCCGUGGUGGUGGCCCGUGAGUGCCGGCGGCGUGCCAAGGACCUGGAGGCUGUCAGCAGCCCCCUGGAUGCCCCCCCCGCACCGAGACCCCUGCCCAGACACCGCACUGAGCUCCACAGCCAGCACCAAGCGCCUGCUGCAGCCGUUUUCUAUGGACUUCGGGGGAGGGAUGGACCUGUGCCAGAGGGCACAGUGGGAGAUGGGGGGUGUUUGGGGGGGAAUAAAUAUUAACAACCCAUUGUGCU